GUAAUAAACGCACUGGAGUGAACUUCACUGAUUAUUUGCAUAAUUCAUGAGCCGAUUGUUCACAGUUGGCGCGCGUCCCCGCUGCUGAGCAACAAGAUGGCGGCCGCCGCCGGAUCAGGCGUGAAAGUCCCACGUAACUUUCGGCUGCUGGAGGAGCUUGAGGAGGGUCAGAAGGGUGUUGGAGAUGGGACGGUGAGCUGGGGUUUGGAAGACGAUGAGGACAUGACCCUCACACGCUGGAGAGGAAUGAUCAUCGGACCCCCUAGGACCAUCUAUGAGAACAGGAUGUACAGCCUAAGAGUAGAAUGUGGACCAAGAUAUCCAGAAACACCUCCUUUUGUUCGUUUUGUGACAAAGAUCAACUUGAAUGGAGUGCAUAACUCGAAUGGUGUGGUCGACAUGCGAGCUGUAUCCUCACUGGCCAAGUGGCAGAAUUCGUACAGCAUCCGUGUGGUCCUGCAGGAGCUGCGACGACUCAUGAUGUGCAAAGAGAACAUGAAGCUGCCGCAGCCUCCCGAAGGGCAGAUCUACAGCAACUGAGCUCAGAGCUUCUCCUUCAUCCUCUCUACCUUCAUCCGGAAAACAUUCACACACGCAAGGCUGAGCAUUCCUUCUCCUCCUCCUCUCUGGACUCAUGAGAAUCCCUCCCUGUUCUCCUCUCUGUUCCUGACCACUCCCCAUGUGCUGCAGCAACCAAUGAGCAGUCCUGCUUCAGGAGCUCCCAUUGGACAGAUACGAUGGAUGUAGUGGUGUGCACAGCAGAAUACUGUACAUCAUUCUAAUCUUUUUUUUUUUAAAGGUUUAUUUGUUAUACAUGCAAAUUGUAAAAAUAACAAAUGAUCUUAUUGAGUGUAAUUUGAGUGCCCUCAUUUGAGAUUAGUUCUGCAAGUGAAAAUGAAUUUGUGCUAUCAUGUAACAUGCUGUGUGGUGGGAAUGUUAAGAUUUUCUCUUUUUUUUCCAUCUUUUUCUAGCCUUUGAGUCAACGGUCUUGACUGUUUAAUCCAAGGCUUCUGGCCUGACCAGUCAAGGUUGAGUCUUGAAUGGUGUCUCGCUUCCUUCAGGCUCUCAGCUUUAAGUCACUUCAGUUAGUUAAAAGCAAAAUAAUAACAUAAGCUCAAUAAUAGAACUUGUUUGCAACAGCAAAGAUGACGUGUGCGAUUUGUUUUAUGAUAUAUUCUAUCCCAUUUUAAUAUGCAGAGAAAACAAGGCAGAUGGUUGUAGGUUGAUGGCUCAUUAUUUUAUUAUUAUUAAUUUUUUUUUUUUUUUUAGUUUGCUGCUAGGGCUGCAGAUUACACAGUUUUAGCAUUCUAUGUUCCAUUGAGCUGCUGAGAGCUUUGAUACCAUGGACAUUAUAAAUAAAUUUUGUGGUCAAUACA